AUGGCAGUUGCUAAGAGGGGCGCAGCAGCCAGGACGGAUCUAGCAGUGGUGCUGGGGGCGCUGACCGGGGGCCUGCUGUCGUCCAGUUGCUGCAUCGUCCAGCUGGUGCUCAACUCGCUGUCUGUAGGCUGUGCGGGCUUCAGCGUGUUCAAGCCGUACCGCAAUCUACUGCGCGUGCUGACAGCCGGCAUGCUGGCACUGCUUCUCGCGCGCCACGGCGUCAACCGCCGCACCAUCGGCACGGUGGUUUGCUCCGUACUGCUGACCUUCAGUGAAGACGCACUGAGCGUUAUCAACCGUCAGGGCUCGCUGCAGGACCUGCUUCGCCACAUGUCCCUGCCGCACGGCGGCGGCCACCCAGCCGUGCAGCGGGACCCAGCAAUUGUGCGGUGGCGCGUCGAUGUGGACGGGAUGCGCUGCCAAGCGUGUGCCGCGCGCAUCCGGGGCAGCGUGGCCGCACUGCCCGGCGUGCGCAACGCAACAGUCGAGCUGGCGGAGGGCCGGGUGGAAGUGUGGGCGGAGCAUGGUGUGCAGGGGCAAUGGCUGGCCGACGCGAUUACGGCAAUUGACGCCUCGUACGCUGUGAAGCUGGGCGGGCGAGAGUGCUUUGCCAGUGACGACCAGCCUGUGGCGUGUGAGGGCGGCACGCUGCUGGAAAAGCAGUCGCCAGCAUCCAAUGGCGCGACGAGCGGUGGCCGGCAGGAGCAGCAGCAGCAACGGCGGCGACCGGGCCCACCCAGCUUGCAGCAGGAGCUUUGA